AAAGCUGUUCUUGUCGAGUUGAAAAGAGAGGUGGUUACCGUACAACCAUGGCGGCGCCCAUGGUGUCGUGGAAGAGGUUAUUUUCUCUGUUGUGUAGACCGAGUUUGGCUGGGGCGUGGGGUCGGAUCACUGACCGGUUCGCUCGCAACAGGGAUCGGGGCGGGAGGAAAAAGAGGAGGUCCUGGUUGCUUUUUACUCCCUUAUUCACUCCUGUCAUGCCUUCUGUAGCUGCUGAGGCACCCAUUGCAAGUAGACAAUACCUAGAUGGAGUUCACAGAUUCCAGUGGAUUGGUAAUCUCGUCCCAGAGUUUUUGAUCUCCAGCAGUCAAGUGAAGGUGUUGUUUUCUCCAGCUGAAUUUUAUAAUACUAUGAAGGACAGCAUUAAGGUAGCUAAGAAGCGAGUUGUGAUGGCUUCCUUGUACCUUGGAACAGGAUCCCUGGAACAGGAACUGGUGAAUUGUCUACAGCAGGCCUUGGAGCUUUCUGUGCAGGAAAAUCAAAUCUCCUCCCUUAGAGUCUCGGUUCUGCUAGACUUUACACGUGGAUCAAGAGGUAAGAAAAACUCACGAACGAUGCUUCUGCCUUUGUUGAAGAAAUUCCCAGACCAAAUACGGAUUUCUCUGUACCACACUCCAGAUUUGCGAGGGAUCCUUAAAUUGCUAAUGCCUGAAAGAUUUAACGAGACCAUUGGACUACAGCACAUUAAAGUCUACCUCUUUGAUGAUGAUGUCAUCCUUAGUGGAGCAAAUUUAAGUGAUUCAUACUUCACUAAUCGUCAAGACCGCUAUAUUUUGCUGAAAGGCUGCUCUGAAAUAGCAGAUUUCUUUGAAGAACUGGUGAAUGCUAUUGGAGAUGCUUCACUGCAGUUGCAGCAGGAUGAUACAGUGAAGAUGAAAAGGGGCAUGGUGCAUCCAUAUCAAGGCUGUAGAUCUAAGUUCUGCAAGGCAGCUAACCAGAGGAUUAUGGAGGUGGUGAAUUCUACAAAAGAGAAGCAACAGCAUCAUAAUACUACUAGAGAACGACUUACUGACAGAGAGCAGACAAUGCUGUCUGAUACUCAAAGCAGUAAUGAUGAGACUAUAAGAGACACAUGGGUUUAUCCUUUAAUACAGAUGAAACCUUUUGGAAUCCGACUAGAUGAAAUGAUCACAAAGGCUUUGCUCACAGAGGCAGAAGAAGAGAGCAGAAUAUUUCUUACAUCUGGAUAUUUUAACUUAACAAGGACGUACAUGGAUUUAGUUCUGCAUACCAGAGCAGACUACCAGAUUUUGCUAGCAUCACCAGAAGUCAAUGGUUUCUUUGGGGCCAAAGGUGUGGCAGGUGCGAUACCUGCUGCAUAUGUUUAUAUAGCUUGUCAGUUUUAUGACAGAGUUUGCCAGCUUGGGAUGCAUGGCAGAAUUCAUCUGCAUGAGUACUUCAGAAAGGACUGGACUUUUCAUGCUAAAGGUCUGUGGUAUUAUCUCUCAGGAAGCAGCCUGCCUUGCCUAACACUCAUUGGAUCUCCUAAUUUUGGCUACCGUUCAGUGCAUCGUGACCUGGAAGCUCAAGUUGCAAUUGUGACAGAGAACAUAGAGCUACAGAGGCAGUUAUAUCAGGAGCAGGAGCAACUGUACUGCAGAUCAAGUGAAAUUUCUUCUUCAACCUUCCAGCAGCCUAACCGUUAUGUGAAACUGUGGGUGAAGUUAGUAACUCCACUAAUAAAGAACUUCUUCUGAAAAUGUUACAGUCUUCCACUGUGAGUUGAAUGUCCAGACGUAGGUGGGACCUCGAAUACGAGUUUUGAAAACUGGACAUUCAUAAAUGUUUUUGGUUUCUUGCCGGUCCACAGGUAUGGCUUUGAUGAAGAUGACAGGCAUGGGAGGAGUUAAUUCUUUUAGACGAGCAUCUGCAAUGGAUCCAGUCUGCAUGUCCCAGCGAGCACCUGAAAUAACCAAAAUCAAAAAUGUGAUAUUGUCACUCUCUGCAAAGUGGGAGAGACAAGGCUUAUUGACUUGAACAGAAACUUUAUGAAUAUGAUCUUACAUUAAAUACAUUUCCGUUUUUGUUUACUAAGACCAGAAUUUUUAAAUUAUAAUUUCAUUUAUUUAAUUACAGUUGUGUGCUUAUGACACAUAUUGUUGAAAUUAGACAAGUAAUAAAAUAAUACUGAGGAAAACUGCA